AUGGGGGCUGGGACUCAGGUCAGACUCCUGCUGUGGAAGAACUGGACCAUCCGCAGGAGGCAGAGGAUCCGGUUCUUCAUGGAGAUCAUGUGGCCUGUCAUGGUGUUCAUGGCUCUAGUGUGGCUCAGACGGAUAAAUCCACUGUACCGGCAACAUGAAUGCCAUUUCCCCAACAAGGCCAUGCCCUCCUCAGGGGUCCUCCCAUGGAUCCAGGGGAUCUUCUGUAAUGCCAACAACCCUUGUUUCCAGCAGCCCACCCCUGGUGAAGCUCCUGGUCUGGUGUCCAACUACAACAGCUCCAUACUGGCUCGGUUCUACUCAGACGCCCAGGAGAUUCUUUUUAGUGACCCAGAGUUUCAGCAGCUGGAUCGCCUCUGGAGGGAACUGAACGCUAUGAGUAACUUCAUGGACACGCUGCGGACGCACCCUGAACGCCUCUCAGGCCGAGGAGUAAAGGUGGAGACGAUCCUGAAGGACGAUGAGGUGGUGACAUCAUACCUGCUGAGAGACGUUCCCCUGUCCCAGUCUGUGGUUCAUCAGCUAGUCAGUGCCCAGAUCAGGCCUGAACAGUUUGCUCUUGGGGUUCCAGCGUUGCAUUUAAAGGACAUAGCGUGCAGCCUGACCCUGCUGGAUCGGUUCCUGGUCUUCCCGAGCCGUAGAGGACUCUACGCCGUCCGCAGCGCCUUGUGCAUCCUCACGCCACAGCGGCUGCAGAUCAUUGAGGACAAAUUCUACGCCAACGUCGACUUCUUCAAGCUCUUCAGGCUGCUUCCUCUUCUGCUGGACAAUCACUCUGGAGGAAUAGAGAUCCAGCUCUGGGUCCGGGUGGUCUCUGCUGUCUCAGACAGACUCCGAGAGUUGUCCCAGAGGAGCAGCUCCAGGGAGCUCCUCCAGGUCAUCACUCCUCUCUUCCAGGACCAGCUGUCCUUCAGGCAGCUGCUGGCUGCUGCCUCCAGCCUCAUGUGUGGCUACGCUGAAGGAGCUUUCUCCAGAGUCGCCUCCUUUAACUGGUACGAGGACAAUAACUACAAAGCCUUCCUGGGAAUCAGCAGCGGCGGAGCACGGCGCCCCUACACCUACGACAACAGCACCACUCCUCACUGCAACGAUCUGAUGAAGGAGCUGGAGUCUAACCCGGUCACCAGGAUGGUGUGGAGCUCCAUCAAGCCCAUGCUGAUGGGACAGAUCCUCUACGCCCCCGACUCACCAGCUGUCAGAAAGAUCAUACGAAACGCAAACACUACAUUUGAGGAGCUGGAGAGGCUGAGGGUGAUGGGGAAGGCCUGGGAGGAAGUGGCUCCUCAGAUCUGGGCUUUUUUCCAAGAUGGAGUCCAAGUCAAGAUGAUCCGGGACACAAUCUGUAAUCCAUCAGUGAUGGAUUUCAUCGACAGGAAUCUGGAGGAGGCGCCGUUCUCCUCCAAACACAUCCUCAACUUCCUGUCCAACGGCCCACCGGAGGACCGGCCAGACGACGUUCCUCAAUUUGACUGGCGAGACAUCUUCAACCUCACUGACCGGGUGAUUCGGAUGCUCAACCAGUAUGGGGAUUGUUUACUGCUUGAUAAGUUUGUGGCUGUGGCUGACGAAGACACUGUCACUUAUCGAGCCUUGGAUCUGUUGGAGGACAGCAAGUUCUGGGCGGGCCUUGUCUUUGUGAAUAUGCACCAUUGGACCACGGAGGUCCCGCAUCAUGUUAAGUUCAAGAUCCGGAUGGAUAUUGAUGCAGUGGAGCGCACCAACAAGGUCAAAGACAGGUAUUGGGAUCCCGGCCCCAGAGCUGAUCCGAUGGAUGACUUCCGGUAUGUUUGGGGCGGCUUCGCUUACCUCCAGGACAUCGUGGAGCACGGCAUCAUCAAGACCCAGACGGGGAAGGAGUGGCCCCUGGGGGUCUACCUCCAGCAGAUGCCCUACCCCUGUUAUGUGGAUGAUCUCUUCAUGCUGACGUUGAAUCGCUGUUUCCCCGUCUUCAUGGUCCUGGCCUGGGUCUACUCUGUGUCCAUGAUAGUGAAGAGUAUAGUCCUGGAGAAGGAGCUCCGGCUGAAGGAGACCCUGAAGGGAAUGGGGGUCACCAAUGGUGUCAUCUGGUCCACCUGGUUCAUCGACAGCUUCCUCAUGAUGGGCACCAGCACCGCUCUGCUCACCGCCAUCACCAUGGGAGGAAGGGUGCUGAACUACAGCAACGGCUUCAUCCUCUUCCUCUUUCUGCUGACCUUCACUACAGCGACCAUCAUGCAGUGCUUCCUCCUCAGCGUGUUCUUCAACCACGCCAACCUGGCAGCAGCGUGCUGCGGCAUCGUUUACUUCGCUCUUUACCUGCCGCACAUCUUCUGCUUCGCCUGGCAGGACCACAUCACCAAGGACAUGAAGAUCCUGGUGAGUCUGCUGUCCCAGGUGGCGUUCGGCUUUGGGACGGAGUACCUGUCCCGGUACGAGGAGCAGGGUCUGGGUCUGCAGUGGGACAACAUCAGGACCAGUCCUCUGGAGGGGGACGAGUUCUCCUUCCUCACCUCCAUCUGCAUGAUGGGCCUGGACACCGUGCUGUACGCCCUGCUGGCCUGGUACCUGGACAACGUCUUCCCUGGCCAGUAUGGAAUUGGUCGACCAUUUUACUUCCCCUUCCUGCCCUGUUAUUGGCUCAACAGUGUUGCUCCAGCUUCAGGCAACAACAAUCUGGAGUUGGAUAAAAAAGGCUUUGAUAACCUGGCAAACAAAACGCAAGGAGAGCAGCAGAAAAGGCAGAAGGAGGAGAACCAAGAGAAGGAGAAGACUCCGGAGGAGGAGGAGGAGGAGGAGGCCUCCUGUGAACACCAGCGGGAGAGACUGGAGAAGGAGAACCAGGCUGAGGAGAACCAGGACAGAGACGGUACUAGACUUCUAUUUUGGUUCUGUCAGACGUUCUUCGAAGCCGAGCCGGAGGACCUGGUGAAAGGUGUUUGCAUCCAGAACCUGGUGAAGAAGUUCAGCGGCAGCCUGACUCCAGCUGUGGACGGCCUCAGCCUCAACUUCUAUGAGAGCCAGAUUACUGCCUUCCUGGGCCAGAAUGGAGCCGGGAAGACCACCACCAUGUCCAUCCUGACUGGGAUGUUCCCUCCCACCUCCGGGACCGCCUCCAUCUACGGGAAGGACAUCUGCUCAGACAUGGACGCCAUCCGGACCUCUCUGGGGAUGUGUCCUCAACACAACAUCCUCUUCCAGCAUAUGACUGUAGCAGAACAUAUCCUGUUCUACUCGAUGCUGAAAGGUCGUCCAGUAGCGGAGGCGGAGGAGGAGCUGGAGAACAUGCUGCAGGAUCUGGGUCUUCCUCACAAGAGGGACGAGCUGACCCAGAACCUCUCAGGCGGCAUGCAGAGGAAGUUAUCCGUUGCCCUGGCGUUUGUGGGCGGGGCUAAGGUGGUGUUCCUGGAUGAGCCCACUUCAGGAGUGGACCCCUACUCCAGACGCUCCAUCUGGGACCUGCUGCUGAAAUACCGAGCAGGACGCACCGUGAUCAUGUCGACCCACCACAUGGACGAGGCCGACCUGCUGAGCGACCGAGUGGCCAUCAUCUCUCAGGGUCGCCUCCACUGCUGCGGCUCGCCCAUCUUCCUCAAGAACUGCUUCGGCGCCGGCUUCUACCUCACUGUUGUACGACGGAUGAAACAUGACGCUCCAAAGGCCAGCUGUGAUUGUACCAACGAUUGCUCCUGUAAAUGUUCAAAGUGUUCAAAGUUUAAAGUGGAGCAGGAGGAGAGCCAGCCGCCAGAGAGACAGAUGGAUGGUAACAUGGAGAGCAUCUCAGCUCUGGUCCACCACCACGUCCCUCAGGCUCGUCUGAUCGAGGCCAUCGGCCAGGAGCUCACCUACCUGCUGCCCAACAGGAACUUCCAGCCCCGAGCCUACGCCAGCCUGUUCAGGGAGCUGGAGGAGACGCUGGGGGACAUCGGCCUCAGCAGCUUCGGGGUCUCCGACACCUCGCUGGAGGAGAUCUUUCUAAAGGUCACUGCUAAUGGGAAUGCAACCAACAGGAAAAGUUUACCAGAUGGGGUUUUGCACAACAACGGCCAGGGUCCGUCUGAUGUCCCAGAAGGCAACGCAGGCCGGGGGUCCUACCAGGUCAGAGGGCUGAGUCUGACCAUCAAACAGUUCUUCGCUCUGCUCAUCAAGAGGUUGCAUCAUGCAACACGUUCCUGCAAAGACUUCUUCGCCCAGAUUGUGCUGCCAGCCAGUUUUAUUUUCCUGGCGCUGACAUUCACUCUGAUCGUUCCACCUUUUGGAGAGUAUCCCAGCCUGACUCUGAGCCCCUGGAUGUACGGGAGACAGUACACCUUCUUCAGUAAUGAGCGACCAAUGGAUGCUCAGAUGAGAUACCUUGGUGAGGUUCUGCUGGACAAACCGGGCUUUGGGACUCGCUGCAUGGCAGAAGAACCUCUGGAAGACUUCCCCUGUAACAACAUCACCACCGAGUGGGAGAUGCCCCUGGUGAACCCUGACCUCAUAGACCUGUUGGCGGGUCCAGAGUGGAGCUCCUCCAGACCGUCUCCAGACUGCCAGUGCAGCACAGCCAGGAAACUCACCAUGCUCCCUGUGUGUCCUGCUGGAGCUGGAGGCCUGCCGCCUCCACAGAGGAUCCAGUCAACAGGAGACGUUCUCAUGGAUCUAACAGGCCGGAACAUCUCUGACUACCUGGUGAAGACCUACCCCAGCCUCAUCAGAACCAGCUUGAAGAGCAAAUACUGGGUCAAUGAACAAAGGUAUGGAGGUAUAUCUGUUGGAGGACAACUUCCUGUUUUACAGCUGCAGCCAAAGAGCGUCCAGGACCUAGCAGCACAGCUGGGACGCCUGCUCAAUGUGACUGGGGGAAAAUACUCCAAACAAACGCUGAGAGACAUAGGAACGUUCCUCAGAUUCAUGGAGACUCCAAACAAUGUCAAGGUGUGGUACAACAAUAAGGGCUGGCACGCCAUGGUUUCCUUCAUGAACGUGGCCAACAACGGCAUCCUCCGUGUGAACCUGCCCAAAGGAGCCGACCUGGACGAAUACGGCAUCACCGCCAUCAACCAUCCACUGAACCUGACCAAGGAGCAGCUCUCUGAGAUCACUGUUCUGACCACUGCAGUGGACGCACUGGUGGCCAUCUGUGUCAUCUUUGCCAUGUCCUUCGUCCCGGCCAGCUUCGUCCUGUAUCUGAUCCAGGAGAGAGUCACUCAGGCCAAACACCUGCAGUUUGUCAGCGGAGUCAGUCCUCUGGUCUACUGGACGGCCAACUUCCUCUGGGACAUGUUGAAUUACUCCAUCAGUGCAGCGAUGGUGGUGCAGAUUUUCAUCUAUUUUGAUAAGAAGUGUUACACCUCACCAACCAACCUCCAGCCACUGAUUUCCCUCCUCAUGCUUUAUGGCUGGUCUGUGACCCCCUUGAUGUACCCCAUGUCCUUCUUAUUCAGCAUCCCCAGCACAGCCUACGUCUCUCUGUCCUGUAUCAACCUCUUCAUCGGCAUCAACAGCAGCGCCAUCACCUUCAUCCUGGACCUUUAUGAGGGCACCACAGCUCUUUACAAGUUCAACCAGCUGUUAAAGAGCGUGUUGCUCAUCUUCCCCCAUUACUGUCUGGGCCGAGGCCUCAUCGACAUGGCCAUGAACCAGGCGGUGACUGACGUCUACGCUCGCUUUGGUGAGGACUACAGUCCAGACCCGUAUAACUGGCACUUUAUAGGGAAGAACCUGUUCUGCAUGGCUCUGGAGGGAUUUGUCUAUUUCUUCCUGAACCUUCUGUUCCAGUAUCGCUUCUUCAUGGAUCACUGGAUACCAGACUGCCCAAAGCCUCAUAUUCUGGAUGAAGAUGUGGACGUGGCAGAGGAGAGACAGCGACUCUAUAAGGGAGAAAAAACUAAUGAUAUUUUGCGCAUACGUGACCUGUCCAAGACAUACACACGAACCAUCAUCCCAGCAGUGGACCGGAUCUGUGUCGCUAUAUCACCUGGAGAGUGCUUCGGUCUGCUGGGGGUGAAUGGAGCAGGGAAGACCACCACGUUUAAGAUGCUGACUGGAGACACUGAUGUCACCUCAGGAGAGGCCUCAGUGGCUGGUCACAGCAUCCUGACCAACAUCCUGGAUGUCCACCAGAACAUGGGCUACUGCCCUCAGUUUGAUGCCAUCGAUGAGCUGCUGACAGGGAGAGAACACCUGCACCUCUACGCCCGCCUCCGAGGAGUCCCAGAGUCUGAGAUCAGCCGGGUAGCAGAGUGGGCCAUCCAGAAGCUGGGUCUGUCAGCGUAUGCAGGACAGAGCGCUGGGACCUUCAGCGGAGGGAACAAGAGGAAACUCUCCACCGCCAUCGCCAUGAUAGGCUGCCCUGCUCUGGUGCUGCUGGAUGAGCCCACCACAGGGAUGGACCCUCUCUCCAGACGCUUCCUGUGGAACUCCAUCAUGAGCGUUAUUCAGGACAAACGAGCUGUGGUGCUCACCUCACACAGCAUGGAGGAAUGUGAGGCUCUGUGUACCCGCUUAGCCAUCAUGGUUAAUGGAUCCUUCAAGUGUCUGGGAACCAUCCAGCAUCUCACAUACAAGUUUGGUGACGGCUAUGUGGUGACCAUGAAGAUCAGGGCAGCUAAGCCUGGUUGUGUCCCAGACCUGGACCCUGCCGAGGCCUUCAUGGAGACCACGUUCCCCGGCUGCAUCCAGAGAGAGAAACACUACAACACUCUGCAGUACAAGAUCUCCUCCUCCUCCCUGGCCAGGGUCUUUCAGAUGGUCCUGGCUAACAAAGACAAGCUCAACAUCGAGGACUACUCCGUGUCUCAGACCACUCUGGACCAGGUUUUUGUGAAUUUCGCCAAGCAGCAGUCAAGAGAAGAUGACACUAUUGUGCUGCAUCCUAAAGCAGCUGGAGCACAGCGAUAUAUCGAAGCCCCGCCCAUCAAGUCUUUGGAGAAAUAAACUAGCCUCAAUAAGCUGGAAGACUUUGGUUUUGCUCACUGUGGAUGAAUGUCUGCUUCAGAGAACGGAAAGUUAGCUGCAGAACUUGAACCUUCUCUUCAGAAAAUCCUCUCCAGUGUCAUCAUCAGAUGCAGGGGAUGACCGGGUUUAUCCUCCGUUUAUAAGCAGAGAGGUAUUUCUCCUGGAGGAGCCUUUCAGCCUUGAACUGUUUGUGAAGGAGGCGGCCCGUAAAGACCUGACAGCUCAGGUUUGACUGGCAAUACUUUACUUUCCCAGUAAAGCAGGUUAGUGGGCUUUGGAUCUGGAAAGUGUGGAGCAUUUAUGUGCCUGCUAUAUAUGUUCCACUCUCUGCUCACCUUGUAGGCCUUGCAAACUAAAUGAAACAGAGCUUGAGAUUUAUAACAAGGACCAUGACUUUGAUUGAUGACAUGUCAAAAACGUUUAAUAUCGGAUGGUGAAGAAAGCAGUGGCGGUUCUAGACCAGUUCUACUGUGGGGGCCAGUGUUUUUAUCAGAGGUGCACAUUUAAAAACUGCAAAGAUUAUAUUUAAGCAUUCAAAACUUUUAUUUUACCAUGUCUAAAAAUCUAAUUUAAGUAUAUUUGGAAGAUACAAAUACAUUGAUUGAAACAAUGAGACUUACCAACAUUAACAAUUUUUUUUUUUUUUUUACGACAAUGACAUUUCUCAUUUUUGUGCUUUUAUUUUGAAAGUGCAGUACACUCAGAACCUUUUUUUAAUAUACACAAGCUUUUAUUGCUUUUAUUUAACUACACAAUGUACACAUUCUGGGUUCCUUUUGUGUACAAUGAGAUAUUGUUUGAAGAAAAAAUAGGUAAGAAUUGUUCCGUCAUUCAUCGUUUUAAAUUGAUCAUUUUAUUAUUAAUUUGGAGGCCCCUGUGUAGAACCGCCACUGGAAGAAAGCAAAGGUCCUGUGUAUUGUUUUUUGCUUCAGAUGCCAAGCAAGAUAAUCUUUUUUUUGCCUUCUUUAGACAUGAAAUGACACUCAGAGAAGAGUAACUUAGCACUUUAUUGAUGCAGCUUUAACUGAAGAUGUUCUGCUAGUGCAAUACAACUGAUGAUUUCUACAAAACCUGCUUGCUGCUAUGGAACUCAUCUCAUCUUGUGAUUUUUAUGCCACCAAUGAUUUGUUCAGUCUUUGCGCUUUAUCAUAUAUAAACUGUCUGUAUUCCACCAGCUCCUGGUGUCUAAAGUGAUGUUUCUGAGAGGGGCAUCAUAUGAAAUAAAGGUCCUUUUUUCCUUAA